CAGGAGCACAGGCACUAGCUGGCUUCAGGACAACACUCACUGCGCGUGUAUUUUUAAUUGUACAACCAGGAGAGAUUAUUCUGUUGCUGAAUAUGGUGCUCAAGUUUGCGGUUCUUUUUUGUCUGAUACCUUGGACAUACAGUCUCCUUACGCAGAAUAACCUUGUUCAGCCUCAGAAACAUUUUGAUCAACAGAAGCUUGCAGGUGAAUGGUACCGUGUAGGAUUAGCUUAUGAUUCACCGUCAUUUGCUAAAUACAGAGACAAAGUGCUUAUUUCAAAAGGGGUUCUUGUCCCAAACGCUGAAGGAGGUGUCAACCUGACUAUGUGGAACAUGAGUCCACUUGGCUGCAUGACUGCUUCAUAUGCAUAUGAGAAGACGGACGUCCCUGGCCAUUUCAUCUAUUUCAGCAAGAGACACAGCAUUAUGAAGGAUAUUACUGUGGUGGACAGUAACUACACUGAAUACAUCCUAGUGGUCAAAUACAAGAACAUUAACAAAGAGUUUUCACAGGUCUCGCUCUUUGGGCGAACCCAUACUCUAAGGCAAGAACUAAUCGAGAAAUUCAGACAGCUCUCUCUGUCUCUUGGUUUCUCCGAGGCGUCAAUAUUAACUCCAUCAGCCAUUGAUCCCUGUCCUCUUCAAGAUGAACAUGCCAGGAAUACAACAGAACCUGCAGCUGUCAGCAAAAUUACACCACGUCCAACAUCCUCAACAAAUUCCAGAUCAUCAUGAUCACUUACAAUGCACCUUUUCUGAGACUGAAUCAGAUUCUGUGCAACAUGGCAUGCAAUGAUUCGAAACUACUGGCUUUCUUAUUUGAUUUACAUAUCCUUAAUCUUUUUGACCAUGCCUACAGUCAAUAUUCUGAUUUAUCUAAUCUGUCCAGAUCAAGUGAUGUACAUCCUUUGUUGUGAAUAUACUGUUCAGAUUGUAUCGUAAUCUUCUCUGACUAUGCAAGUGGAUGCAUGGACUCACUGAACCUUAUUGACAGAAAUGGGGAAAGAUGAUGUAAGACUGGAAAUGAGCUGUGCCUAAGUAAUACAUACACCAUCUUUCUGAUUCUAUCAAAUUCUGUAAUGAUGUGUACGGUGCAUCAGGGAAGAAAACCUGCUGAACCAUGUAAUAAACAAUCCCAUCACUAGUGGC